GGCACUUAAUCCAGUUGCCCUGUUCAACCUUUGCCAAUAUAAGAAAGGCAUCAAGAAAAGAAGAGGUCCCUGUGUAAAAUGGAGUCUCUGCCUUCAAGUUCUCCCACAUAAGGUUCCUUCCUUGGACGUUAGCUAAUUUUGGAAAUGGGACCUUUCUCUGCCUUGGUUUCCAAUUCUGCACCUCACAGAAUCAGGUUCCUUUGGAACGUGUCAGGGUAGGUUAAUAAAAGACUACAGAUCUGUUUUUCUUUACACUGAGUGAAGUACUCACCACACUCAUUAGCAUUGCUAUUUAAAGACUUUCACGAAGGGGAAGUAAAAACAUCAGCAUCUCUCACACAAACAGUGAUGAAGCUGAGGCCAAGCCAGGGGUGUUGGGGGAGCUGGAGAAGUCAAGUGUGCGGAGAGACUACCCGAGGAGAAGGUCAUUAAAGAGAAAAGUGCCUCACAGGAAACACGGCAGUAAAGGAAACAUGAGAUCUGGAUGUCGUGAGCCAGGGGGAAAGGCAUUAAUAGUACAACUUGGUGGCAGUUAAUUUUGGUGACACUGACCAGUUUCUACAAUGUACCAUUCCUUAUCUGAAACUAGACAUCCUCUUCAGUCAGAAGAACAAGAAGUAGGCAUUGAUCCUUUAUCCAGUUAUUUGAAUAAGUCUAAUGGAGAUUCAAAUAAAAAUGGAAGAAGAACAAAUUCAACCUUAGACUGUGAGGGGACUUUUAAUUCAUAUAGGAAGGAAUGGGAAGAACUAUUUGUAAACAACAAUUAUUUGGCAACAAUAAGGCAGAAAGGGAUUAAUGGGCAGCUGAGAAGCAGCAGGUUCCGCAGCAUUUGCUGGAAGCUAUUUCUUUGUGUUCUUCCUCAAGAUAAAAGUCAAUGGAUAAGUAGAAUUAAAGAAUUGAGAGCCUGGUAUAGCAGUAUUAAGGAAAUACAUAUCACAAACCCAAGGAAGGUUGUUGGCCAGCAAGAUUUGAUGAUCAACAAUCCCCUUUCACAGGAUGAAGGAAGUCUUUGGAACAAAUUCUUCCAAGAUAAAGAGCUUCGAUCAAUGAUUGAACAAGAUGUCAAAAGAACGUUUCCUGAAAUGCAGUUUUUCCAACAAGAAAAUGUGAGGAAAAUUCUUACAGAUGUUCUUUUCUGUUAUGCUAGAGAAAAUGAGCAGUUGCUUUAUAAACAGGGUAUGCAUGAGCUCUUAGCACCUAUAGUCUUUAUUCUUCACUGUGACCACCAAGCUUUUCUACAUGCCAGUGAGUCUGCACAGCCCAGUGAGGAAAUGAAAACGCUCUUGAAUCCAGAGUAUCUGGAACAUGAUGCCUAUGCAAUGUUCUCACAGCUUAUGGAAACUGCUGAGCCUUGGUUUUCUACUUUUGAGCAUGAUGGUCAAAAGGGCAAAGAAACUCUGAUGACCCCAAUUCCUUUUGCUAGACCACAGGAUUUAGGGCCAACAAUAGCUGUGGUUACUAAAGUCAACCAGAUUCAGGAUCAUCUACUGAAGAAGCAUGAUAUUGAGCUCUAUAUGCAUUUGAACAGACUAGAAAUUGCACCACAGAUUUAUGGGUUACGGUGGGUGCGGCUGCUGUUUGGCCGAGAAUUCCCUCUGCAGGAUCUUCUGGUGGUCUGGGAUGCCUUGUUUGCAGAUGGCCUUAGCCUAAGUUUAGUGGACUACAUCUUCAUAGCCAUGUUACUCUACAUCCGAGAUGCUUUGAUUUCUAGUAACUACCAGACCUGCCUGGGCCUUCUAAUGCAUUACCCACUCAUCGGGGAUGUACACUCACUGAUUCUUAAAGCUCUAUUCCUUAGAGAUCCAAAGAGAAACCCAAGGCCAGUGACUUACCAAUUCCGUCCCAAUUUGGAUUAUUACAAAGCACGAGGAGCAGACCUUAUGAAUAAAAGCCGGAGCAAUGCCAAAGGUGCUCCUCUGAAUAUAAAUAAGGUCUCCAAUAGCCUGAUUAACUUUGGAAGAAAGUUGAUUUCUCCAGCAGUGGCCCCUGGCAGUUCCGGUGGUCCUGGCCCUGGCCCUGGGGGCAGUAGUAGCAGCUCUUCCUCUGCUGUGAACCCCACCAGGACCUCCACAGAAGCAACAAAACAUCAUUUGCAGCAACAACAGCAGCAGCGGCUAAUGAAAUCUGAAAGCAUGCCAGUGCAGUUGAACAAAGGCGAUGUAGUUACAGGAAGUGAUGCUCAGGUUUCUGUUCCUGCUCAGACUCUAACUGACCUCCAAGGGCAAAAUUCUAAAAACAUCAGUUCAUCUCCAAGCAUUGAGAGUUUACCCGGAGGAAGAGAAUUCACGGGCUCGCCACCUUCCUCUGCUACCAAAAAAGAUUCCUUUUUCAGCAACAUCUCCCGCUCCCGUUCACACAGCAAAACUAUGGGCAGAAAAGAAUCUGAAGAAGAAUUAGAAGCCCAAAUUUCCUUUCUUCAAGGGCAGCUGAAUGAUUUGGAUGCCAUGUGCAAAUACUGCGCAAAGGUGAUGGACACACAUCUCGUAAGUAUUCAAGAGGUAAUAUUACAAGAAAAUUUGGAAAAAGAAGAUCAAAUACUGGUUUCCCUGGCAGGAUUAAAACAGAUCAAAGAUAUUCUAAAAGGUUCCCUGCGUUUCAACCAGAGCCAGCUGGAGGCUGAGGAGAAUGAGCAGAUCACCAUCGCAGAUGACCACUACUGCUCCAGUGGACAGGGCCAGGACAACCAAGUUUCUGGGACCACCAAGCAGGCUUCUUCAGAAACACCAGUGCGCACAGAUGGAGGGAGUUCAGAUGACUUCAUCUUGGUUUCCAAAGAAGAUGAUGGGGGCAGUGCCAAGGGUGCUUUCUCAGGCCAGGCCCAGGCUCUUCGCACCCUUAGAAGCACAUCUGGGAAAAGCCAGGCCCCAGCCUACUCCUCACUGGUGUUCUCAGACCCACUGAUGGGUCCAGCCUCAGCUUCCUCCAGCAACCCCAGCUCCAGCCCUGACGAUGACAGCAGCAAGGACUCUGGCUUCACCAUUGUGAGCCCCCUGGACAUCUGACAACAGGGGCCCAGCCACUACCUCAGUGGCCUCAAAGCUCCAUCAGUGGAGACUCUGCUGAAACCAAUGCUUGUUUCCCAGCAUGCAUUUGGCAUUGGUAAAGCCUGUUGGGACCCUCUAGAAAGAAGCAAGUAAGGCCACAGAGCACAGAGUUAUAAUCCCUGAAAUGUAGAUGGGAGUCCCUCUGUGGGGACCUCUCACCCCUUGCCCCUUCCUUCCUUUGAAUUAGAGCUGGGUUAGGUACCCAGCACCAUACUCAAUAUCAGAAAAGGCCAAACCACCACCAAAACCAAUUUUCUUCCACUAACUAAGAAGGUCCCACAGCUCCAUCAGUUACAUUCAGGAAGAGUGGAAGGAGUUGGUCUCAAACUUCUCUUUCAAAAGCAUCAGCCACAGGAAGACAGGUUAAUGUCAAGAAAGCUUAUUCUGUGGAAAACUGCUUGCUUCCAUUCCUACCUUGGAAAGUCAUAUAGCAGAGUCGGGUACAAUAGAAUAAAUGAGAAUGGCUAGAUUUCAGGGUUGGAACUACCUACCAACCUCUCAAAGUUAUGAUCUUUAACAGCAGGCUCUAGACUUAAGAAUCAUACUUAGGUGUAAUGUGGUGUUAGGUUCUUUGAUUGGUUAAAGGAACCUUUAUAACCUCAGACUAGUAUACUUUGGAUCACUGCUCCUGCUUAAGCAACUGUUUGGCAUCUUUUAGAGUCUUUCAUGGUCAGAAAACAUGGUCACUAUAAGACAGUCUUUGCUGCACUCACUUCAAAAGUUGCAGGAAUACUACUAUCUUACAAUUGAAUAAUGUGACCCUAACUUUAAAUGGGGAAAAACAUUUCACUUAGUUGAUUUUCUGACCAAGUCUCUCUAGUUACAGAGCUAGAUUUAUCUCUAAGAAGAAAAGCUUAGGGAAAACCAUGCUCAUUCUUAUCCGGAGUAAAGUUGCUAUGAUAGGCAACUAUAUCUGGAGUCCCUCUGUGGGGAACAGGGCUUUUAGAGAACAUUCCAGGUGCAAGGAGGAUGGGAUUCCUACACAGCCCUGCCCUUUUUUGGAGCUGGUAAAGGAGCUUCCAAGCCUGCGCUCAGCUGUAAACUCUGCACCCCAGCAUAGCUGUCAGGACCAGGCCUGCUGUGCCAGUCCUUCCUGAGCUGUGCAGAGACUCCACUGCAGUGAGUAGCUCAGGGAACCACAGCAGGCACAGCAUUUGUUACAUGAGCCAUCCUCUCUUCUCCAAGAAGGGCCUUGGAAAGAACACCUCUCUUCUGUCUGCUUCCUGCUCCCUGCUGGGGUCAGUGGAGACUGCACAUGGAUGCAGGGCCUGGUUCACUGCCAUAGAGAAAAGCAGCCAUAGCAGGAGGAACUGGCUCUGUGCCUCUCCCCAGAAAGUGACAGGCCUCUGGGCAGUGGCAGCUUUCCAGGUACCUUUAUAUUAAAGUGAAAAGCGAAGUAUGAAGGAGUGCACACUGUCCCUCCCAUUGCUAACCAUGUGUUCUCUGCAGACAAGUGUGAUAAUGACAUGAGUUCACAUUCCAUCUCCAAUAAAAUGGUGAUGAUUCUCGAGUCAGCUACCACACAGGGAAUUCUAAUUAACUCUCCAAUUUGUUCUUCAAUGGUAACAGAGAAAUUUCCUCUUGCCACAUCAACACGUAAGCUGAAUAACUAUCUGGUUUUCCCAGAUAACAAGGUGGGCUGGCCUUCCGCCAGUGGACAACUGGUGCCUUUGCACUAAUUUGCUCUCUGGGUCCUCAUUCUGACUGGUCCUGUCAGCACUGCUAAGUUUCUGCCAGCAUACAUCCCUGUGAAGACACUUCCUAAGCUUGAGUCCUCACAUACAGGGGGAGCCUGAGAGAGGUUGCCAUUGACCGCUUUCUCACAGAGGACUUAAGACAGUGAUGGUGUUCUCAGUACUGAAGUAGGACCCACAUCAAGGUCUUAGGACAAAGACCAGAAAGGACCACAGUGGCAGUCUCAUAGCUAGGCCACUGACAUGCUCUCUUCCUUUAUCCUGAGAGCCAUAACUGAAUGUCCCUGGCUACAAAAGAGCCACUGACCACUCACCAGGCCAAGAAGACUAGGCUGAUCCUCUGCCUUGGCCUUGGCAUUUAGUAGUCAGUAAAACCCCAAGCCCUGCUUGGAUGCUAGGAGUGGGUCUGCUCCAAAGUGUGCUGCUGUGGCCUCAGUAAGCUCACCAACUUCUCAAAAGAAGGAAGCCAGGACACAAUUACAGUCUUGAGGUAUUCUUUUCUGUGUGACUUUUUCAUUCUUGUUAAGCAUUGUUCGCAUUUGUAUUAGUUAUAGUGCUAUUAAAUAAUGUGUUCCUCAUUAUUUCAUCAGGUACUUAAGCUCAAUUGCACAUUCAUAAAAUCCUGAAUAUAUGAAACAUUAACAAUGUGGUAAUCAGUGGAAUUGCUCGUUUUAUUAACAUUUAAAUACAUUUUAUAUAUCUUAAGCUUAGAUAAACUCCAGUUGACACUUUUUUAUGUCUUUAUAUUUCAUGCAGUCCUUUCUGAUCAGAAUGGAAAUAUGAAGAGUAAAGAAAAUUUAGCUAUGUUUUAAAUAAGAGCAUUAGAGACUAGAGAGUCAUAAUGAUUUGCCUUAUCUUAAUGUGUAUACCAAGAGGUCACAUAACACUUGAAGAUUCUAAUUAUACUGGAUGAACCUCACAAAGACAACCUCCUGCUGAGUUUAGUGCUAACUGCAAUCUGAAUAGAAACAACCACACAGCAGAAUGAACAUGAUUGUAAAACUAAACCAAGAUCUCCCUGUGAUUUGUCUUUCCACAUACAAUUGAGCUGUCUUGCCACAGGCCUCAUAGCCCUAAGGAAGCCACACAGGGGGUGGGUGCUGCCUUUACUCUGUCAGAGAUGUCAGAACAAAGGGAAAACUCCUUGACACACAAUCUCCUCCAAGGAUAAGCUGUCAUAGGUGACCCAAAUUUGUGGCUUUUGUUUUCAUUAUUUAAGAAACUGCUGUGUGGGGGUCAUUACAAAAGUGUAGUGAGGACUUAUGUCCCAUGUGUUGAGUGGCUGCCCUGUUAGCCCAGACCAGCUCUAUCUGUCCUCCCCUGAGGACAUACCUGGCCCCUACCAUGUCCAGAGCAGAUGGACUGAGGAAGCCAUGGCACCAAGAGAAUAGAACUGAGGAGCUGCCAGAAAGCCAGCUUCCUCUCACAAGCCAAAUCACAAUCUCAGUGUUAAUACUCCAAGUUCAUGUAACCAGGCUAGAGAGAAAGGUCAUAACUUUACUCUCAAUGUCACAAUUCAUUUGAUAUUAGAACCUCAGCGAUGCCAUUUAUAUCCUGUCAUUUGUUUCUCAUCCAUCUUCAUGUUGUAACUCAUGACCUAGGAAAUGAUUUAGCAUCUUGGCAUAGCCAUCCCAUUCAAUAUGGUUAUAAUAAAGAACUGAUGCAAACUGGA